UUCACGUCAAUUUUGACAUUAAAGUGAAGCAAUGCACGUUCAUGGAAAAUAAUGAGGUAGCCUUUGGUAAGCCGAGCCUAUCCGUAAUUGGCCGAGAAUUACCGAAUAGUCUGUCCUGCCGGACUGCUGGAAGCGGCCGCAUCGCCAUGUUGAUGAAGUCUCCCCACUCCGUUAGGAAAAUUAUUAUAGAAAUAUCUUUUGCUCAGAGCAAAUGUUAAAUAACUGAAGCAGGCAAGAUACCGGCAAUAUUCAUUUGAAGAUCUGAACCGAACCGGAUCCGCAGAGGUCCCGGACGGGCAAGGGAGGCAAACCUCCCACCAUGAAUAGCACCACAGAUCCGAACGGCGACUUUCCAUGAAAAAGGCAUUUCUGCUGCUAUACGAGCUAGCAAGCUAUCCCAGUUCGGAAAAGGGGGUUGCGGCCUGCUUCAACAUUUCCAAACGCUUGCUAUAUGUAUGCAAGCUAGACUUUGUUUGCAUCAGUAUUUAUUAGUGUAUUAUUUUCUUUUGUUUAUUUUUUUGCAAUGAGUUUGCCGCCGAAAGUAGUCCCAAAAUCCGCCACUGUCGCAGUAAGUGGAACUGGAACCGGCCCGUCUCCGUCGAGCCAACUGCGGGGUACCCUAACCUCCGUGUCUUUACCGCCGGGAGCCCCGACCGCUCCUCAGCCGACCGCUGUGCCGCCUCCUCAAAUUUUCCUUAACAUGACGCGCCCCAGGCUCUCGCGCGUGCAGCCCUCCCUGGACGACAGGAUCUUCCCCACACAGCCUGGCGUCGCUGCCGUCUACAGCGUACAAAGGCACGCCGGGCCUCCCUACGCCACUCACGACAUCACCAAGGGACACCCCAACUUGGCGGGCACGCCCCCCGGCCACGCCCACUCGCCGGCGCUCUCUCAGGUAUCCGUCCCCACAGCUCCCCAGUAUCGCUACCCUAAGGGCUGGGAGACAGGCGGAGGGUCCCCAUACACCACUGGACAGAAUGCUGGCUCCGCCCCUCUAGUGUACUCUCCCCAGCCGCAGCCAAUGAAUGCACAGCCACAGAGUCGCCCGUUUGCCACGGGCCCUCGACCAACACACCAUCAGGGAGGAUUCAGACCCAUCCAGUUUUUCCAGAGGGCCCAGAUGCAGCCGACACGGCCCCCCAUCCCCACCAACACACAGUCCCUGCGGCCGGGCUCCCAGACCCCGACUGCUGCGGUCUACUCCCCCAGCCAGCCCAUCAUGAUGACCAUGGCCCCCAUGCCCUUCCCCUCCCCACAGGCCGCCCAGUACUACAUCCCACAGUACCGCCACAGUGCUCCCUACGUGGGCCCCCCCCAGCAGUACUCAGUCCAGCCCCCGGGAUCUGGAACCUUCUACCCGAGCCCUGGUCCUGGGGAGUACCCCACACCCUACCCUGCCCCCCCAUACUACCCAGGGCAGUCGGUAUACCCUCCCUCGCCCCCCAUCAUAGUGCCUACACCACAGCAACCUCCACCAGCCAAGAGGGAGAAGAAAGCAUCCUCCCAGAUCCGUAUCCGAGACCCCAACCAGGGCGGCAGGGACAUCACGGAGGAGAUCAUGUCAGGGGGGUCAGGGAGCAGGAAUCCAACGCCCCCUGUCGGUCGGCCCUCCUCCACCCCCACCCCACCACAGUUUUUAUGGCCGCACCCUCAUUAUCCUCACAUUUUCUACCUCAAAUCGCAGCAUGCUGGCAGCGGGAGCAACAGCAGCAGGCAGACUCCGGAACAGGGCCAGGGUCUGGUUCACCCGGCGGCCUACAGCCUGGAGCCUCAGCCUCAGACUCAGCCUCUACAGCCGCAGCCCCACCAGCAGCAGCUCACCCCGGGGGCUGUAGACAUCAUCAAGCCUGGGCCAGAUGAGAAGCCCCGAGAGGAGCCCUCCGCCCUGACGUCUUCCUCUGCCGUGCCAGAACCCUCACCAGAGAGACGGGAGGCUCCCGUCCCAGACCUCCCUCCCCCCGCAGAGCCCAUGCUUCCCCGCCCUGCCCCUCCGACGGUGGUCCCCAGCCCUUCCCCCCUCCCCUCCACCAGCCCCAGUGAGCUGCCCCCAGCUGUCGAGCCUGUGGCAUCCCCCUCCCCCUCCCCCUCCGUGGUGGAGCCCAAGCUCCAGGCCCCCGCCCAGGCCCAGCCAUUCAGCACAGACAAGCCUCUCCCAGAGGCCCAGCGCACCCUGGCUGCUUCCCCAGCCCCAAGCCUGGCCCCCAAGGCCUUGAAUGGCCUGGUAGACAAUGGUGCCGAGCUGGACACCCCAGCCCGGGCGUCCUCGCCCCAGGCCCCAUCCCUACUCCAGCCCCAGGCCUCAUCUCAGGCCUCCAGAGAGAACUCCAUCGAGAGCAGUCCCAGGCCUGCCGAGGUUAGGGCAGAGAUGGCCCCCGUUGCCACGCCUCCUGUCAUACCAGUGGCGGUCGUACCAGUCGCUCCCACCUCCAGCCCUGCCCCUGUGGUCCCGGCUCCUCCCCCAGGCCUCCCCCCCCUCGUGCAGGCUCCAGUGGAGGCCAGCCAGCCCUCCGACACUAAAGACCCCCCCAAGAAAGCUGGGCCAGGGACAGACACCCCAGCCGAGAGCAGAGCAGAGCCCCAGAUACAAGGCCUCACUAGGAAGAGUCCCACAUCAGGAUCUCAGAUACCUCCUGCUGCACCAAAGACCUGGACGAAGCCAAAUGAAGGGAGCUCUGAAGGAGAGACACCCCAGACGCAGAGAGAGGAGGAGGCCACGCCGGUGGAGCAGGCGGCCGGAGACCAGGCUCUGCAGCCAGCCCCUCAGAGCAUCAGCCCUCCGCCCCCAGCGCCCCCCGCGCCAGCCUCAUCCCCAGCUCCAGCCUCGGAGGCGGCCCCUGCCCCGGCCCUGGCCCCGGCCCUGGACCUGGAGGCGGAGGAGGAGCUGGCGUGUGACCCCGAGGAGAACGGCGAGGAGCUGGAGCCCCUGAGGAACGGAGCGGGCCACACCUCGGAGACGGAGAGCAGCGACAGCGGGGCGACCCCGGGGGACAAGGAGGGGCCCUCGGGGGGGAGCCCGGAGCUCUUCCAGGAGGAUCUGGAGGCUAACGGGAAGCGCCAGUAUAACCGGGACUUCCUGCUGGGUUUCCAGUUCAAGCCUGCAUGUGUGCUGAAGCCAGAGGGUCUCCCUCCCAUCAGUGACGUGGUGCUGGACAAGAUAAACCAGAACAAGCUUCCUAGCCGUGCUCCAGACUCCAGGGUGAUCUCCAGAGGCCCCGACUUCACGCCCGCCUUCGCCGACUUUGGCAGACAGAUGACUGGGGGACGCGGCGCUGCAUUGAUGAACAUGGGAGGAGCCCGGCGACCCCCGCCCAGGAAGAUCAUCAUGAACGUGUCUGUGAACGACGAGGUCCAGUUGAAGAAGGCCGAGCACGCCUGGAAGCCUGGCAUGAAGAGGGAGGGGCCUUCAGACGACCCGGAGAUCAUCAAAACACAGGAGCUGUUCAGGAAGGUGCGGAGCAUCCUCAACAAGCUCACCCCCCAGAUGUUCAACCAGCUGAUGAAGCAGGUGACCGACCUGACCAUCGACACGGAGGAGAGACUGAAGGGCGUCAUUGACCUGGUCUUCGAGAAGGCCAUCGACGAGCCCAGCUUCUCAGUCGCCUAUGGCAACAUGUGCCGCUGUCUGGCCACGCUCAAAGUGCCCAUGACAGACAAGCCCAGCACCACGGUGAACUUCCGCAAGCUGCUGCUGAACCGCUGUCAGAAGGAGUUUGAGCGGGACAAGGUGGACGACGUGGUGUUUGAGAGGAAGCAGAAGGAGCUGGACUCUUCUGCAUCGUCUGCGGAGCGCGAGCGUCUGCAGGAGGAGCUGGAGGAGGCCAAGGACAAGGCGCGCCGGCGCUCCAUAGGGAACAUCAAGUUCAUCGGGGAGCUGUUCAAGCUGAAGAUGCUGACGGAGGCCAUCAUGCACGACUGCGUGGUCAAGCUGCUGAAGAACCACGACCAGGAGUCCCUGGAGUGCCUCUGCAGGCUGCUCACCACCAUCGGCAAGGACCUGGACUUCGAGAAGGCCAAGCCCCGCAUGGAUCAGUAUUUCAAUCAGAUGGAGAAAAUUGUUAAAGAGCGGAAGACAUCUUCUAGGAUACGGUUUAUGCUGCAGGAUAUAAUAGACCUUCGAUUGCACAACUGGGUGUCGAGACGAGCCGACCAGGGUCCCAAGACCAUCGAGCAGAUCCACAAGGAGGCCAAGAUCGAGGAGCAGGAGGAGCAGAGGAAGGUGCACCAGCAGCUGCUCUCCAAGGACAGCAAGAGACGGCCAGAGCCCAGAGAGCAGAGGGUGCAGCAGAGAGAGGAGACCUGGAACACUGUGCCCGUCACCAAGAACAGCAGAACCAUCGACCCCACCAAGAUCCCCAAGAUCUCCAAGCCCCAGGUGGAUGAGAAGAUCCAGCUGGGUCCUAGAGCCCAGCUCAACUGGAUGAAGGGCAGCAGUGGAGGAGCCAAGGCCAGCGACUCAGAGUUGUCCAGGACCGGUGGCAGCAGUCUGAACCGCUACUCUGCCCUCCAAUCCAACCCUGCUGCCCAGACCAGCCCCCCCGCUGGCCAGACCGGCACCCCUGCCCAGGCCCUAGAGUACGAGGCCAGGAGAGUCCUGGGGAGUCGCGGCAGCGGGGGCAGGGAGCGCAGUGAGAAGCCUGUGAGCUCCGGCCUGGCGCUGCGGCCCGGAGCCCCGCUGAGGAGAGGGAGCUCCAAGGAGCUGCUGGAGGGCGCCGCCCCAGAGGAGCCCCGCAGGGACAGGGAGCGGGAGGGUCCCGAGGGGCCCCGGAGACCCAGCGUCAGCGAGGACAAGACGGAGGCUGAGCGCAGCAGAGCCAGGGAGCCUGUGAUAGAAGAGCUGGUGGUGGCCCAGAGCCCAGACAGACCCGCUCUCUCUGAGGAGGACAUGGAGAGGAAAUCCAAGUCCAUCAUCGACGAGUUCCUUCACAUCAACGAUUACAAGGAAGCCAUCCAGUGUGUGGACGAGCUGGACCUGCCAGACCAGCUCCAUGUGUUUGUGCGUGUGGGGGUGGAGUCGACCCUGGAGCGCAGCCAGAUCACCCGGGACCACAUGGGCCAGCUGCUCUCCCAGCUGCUCCAGCAGGGCCUGCUGCCCAAGGCCCAGCUCCUGCAGGGGUUCGCAGACACCCUGGAGAUGGCUGACGACAUGGCCAUAGACAUUCCCCACAUCUGGCUGUACCUGGCAGAGCUGCUCAGCCCCUUGCUGAGGGACGGGGGCUUCUCUAUGAGAGAGCUCUUAAGUGAAUUAAGCAAACCUUUGCUUCCUGUGGGAAGAGCUGGGAUCUUAUUUUCUGAAAUACUGCACAUACUAUGCAAACAAAUGAGCCAUAGGAAGGUGGGCGGGCUGUGGAGGGAGUCUGGCCUCAGCUGGAGCGACUUCCUGCCUGAGGACGAGGACGUCCAGACCUUCAUCUCAGAGCAGAAGCUGCAGUUCACUGUGUCGGAGGGCUCUGCCCCAGAGGCAGGCCAGAGUAAGAGGCCCCUGGGCCCUGAGGAGCUGAGGGGUCAGCUGGAGAGACUGCUGCUGGAGGACAUGGCCAGUGACGAGCAGAUCUUCGACUGGGUAGAGGCUAAUCUGGAUGACUCUCAGAUGAGUUCGUCUCCAUUCCUGAGGGCUCUCAUGACGGCUGUGUGUAAAGCAGCGGUCAAAGAUGAGAGCCCAUCCUGUCGAGUGGACACGGUCAUCAUUCGUCGGAGACUGCCUGUGUUACUCAAGUACCUUAACUCAGACACUGAGAGACAGCUGCAAGCACUUUAUGCACUUCAGGCUCUGAUCGUCACCCUGGAUCAGCCCCCCAACCUCCUCCGGAUGUUCUUCGACUGUCUGUAUGACGAGGACGUGAUCUCGGAGGACGCGUUCUACAAGUGGGAGUCGAGCAAGGACCCGGCAGAACAGCUGGGCAAGGGCGUGGCUCUCAAGUCUGUCACCGCCUUCUUCACCUGGCUGAGGGAGGCGGAGGAGGAGUCGGAGGACAACUGACAAGGGAGCAGGCAGCCAAUGGGAACCCAGGACACGAGGCCAGCUGUCGCUACGUAGAAUAACCUGCACCCUCUUCCUCACAGCAGAACAAACGGCCGUUUCAAAAUGUGCGCGGCGGGCAGAACGGCUUGGUUACGGCUGGAAUUUUUUCUUGCGGUACAGUUCUGAGAAAUGCCGCCAUUUUGAGUUUUAAUUCCAAUGGCGGAAGCACUAAAUACAUGUAUUAUACAUAGAAAAUAUUUUUGUUUUAAAUUUUAACUUACUUUUCUUUUGUUACUUUUUAAGAAGAGACUUAAAGAUACAUAGGUUCCGGACUCUUUAAUUUAUUAUUUUUUUAAGAACUGCAAAUACGGAAGUUUAUUUAACAUUUGCAGAGGCUCACAGUGAGGAGAACAUUGAUGGCGAUAGAAAUAACAAUAUUAUUAAUUAUAAUAACAAUAAUAAUAAUAAUAAUUGUGAAAUAAAUAGCCUCCCUUGAUUCCAAGAUGUUUGGUUGAAAACAGGGUAAAACAAAGUUAUUUUGGAAUGAAGGGGAAGGCAAAGAGAUCAGUGGAUGAUGCACACGGACAAUAGACGUCACUUGAUGAUGUCGGAGGUCAAAGGUUAUCAUUGAGUAACCCCAGGAAGUGAUUCCUCUGCUUUGGUUUGCUCUACGUGAUAUGUACAUAUGCCUCAGGAGACGGAGAGAGAGGCAGAGGUAUGUAUUCAAGAAGCAAUGUACAUCAGUCCACUAAAGAACUCUAAAUGAACAUGAAUAAACCACAAAUGACGACGAACAAUAGAUACAUUCACAUGGAAAUGAGCAAAAUGCAAGUUAAAAAAGCAAAAUGCCAGGGUUGCUGAACAUGAAGUGCUUGUAAUACUUCAAACCUACAGAGCAAAUUAAAAGCUUGUAAAUACAUUAAAGACAAAAAAGGUAUUUAAAAAAACACAGAAUGCAGUGGUUGUUAUUUUAAGAGGGACUGUUUUUUUUUUUUUUUUAUAUGAUGCCAGAUGAAACUUUAAAUCUUUUGUUUUCAUAUUUGUAGCUUUGUGCCGAACCAAGAAAGAACACGUUUCAACCUCGGGUGCAUUUGUGGAGUAGCGUGUCGGUUCGCAUGUGGUAUUAGUGGAGCUGAGAUGUAAAAGCAGUGUGGGAACACCUUUAACUUGGCUGGUUGGAAUAGCUCGCCCCAGAGUAUAGGAUCAGAAGGAGUCAGGCUUAACAGGGCUCAUCUAGAAUGACAAAGCAGCAGAAGAUUUCACAUGGGGAGGUUUAAUACCGAGCUCUGUCAUCUCUAAACACUGUUCACAUCGCUUUGGAUAAAAGCAUUUCCUUACUGAACAACAUGUUUCAAAUGUAACAGGAGUCUGUUCAGGAGCCAAGGAGAGUGC